CGUAAGUCCCAUGCACUUGUCCAAUCUUUUAAUUUUAAUUCAAUUAUUCAUGAAGCUUCUGUAGACUCGAGCGAUUAAUUUAAUUGGCUAUGUAGUUUCUUUCACGUGUACUGGAAUAAUUUAUUACAGAUCAUAGUUGUAAUCCCAGUCGACAUUAUGAAAGAUAACAUAGACGUUUUCCAGCUUCAAGUUCAACGGGAUAAGAAUCGUAACAGGGGUCCUCCGGUGGAUUACAAGGAACAUGAUAGUACUUACUAUGGAGUACGCUUCAUCCAUGAAAUCGGAAUGAAGCUAAAUGCGAGCCCACUGGUAGUGUCCACUGCAGCAGUUCUGUAUCAUAAAUUCUUCAAAGAUGCUGACAGCAGUAAUUAUGACAGAUUUCUGAUAGCGUCCACCUGCGUCUACUUGGCUGGCAAGGUGAAGGACGAGCCUGUGAAGGUGCGAGACGUUAUCAACGUGUCUCGCAACACUCUCCACCGCAACUCCGUACCACUAGAUCUAGGAGAUGAGUAUUGGAACAUGAGGGACUCCAUCGUACAAGGGGAACUGCUCGUCAUGCGAAUGCUCAAGUUUGAGGUCACCAUCAUUCAUCCACACAAAUAUAUGCUGCAUUAUCUGAAGUCACUACAGACGUGGAUUUAUCCAGAGGAAUGGAAGAAAGUUCCCAUCGUUCACAUGGCUUAUUCUUUCCUACAGGAUUUCCACUAUUCACCUGCAAUCCUGGACUACAAGGCACAACAUGUGGCGAUUGCUUGUAUCAACUUGACCCUGCAAGUUUACGGUGUACAAAUACCUUACACGGAUGAAGACGAAGGGAUCACUUGGUACUCGGUGUUUGUGGAUGACCUAACAAAAGACCAUUUGUGGGAGAUCAUGGAAAACAUUAUGGACAUUUAUGAAAAGGAGUCAGAAACCGGAUGAAUCUACAAGCCUCAGUUUUGUACUCACAAAUAAAUGACUGAAACAUGUAUUUUAGGAGGCUGUGCGAUUUUUCAAUAAAAAUGUAUAAUUGAA